AUGGACAGAGUUAUCUAUAUUAAGCAAGUUAAAGCAGCAUGGGAUGGUUUGGUCAGCUAUUACACAGGGUCUGACAAGGUCAAGAAGGUUAGAUUGCAAACCCUAAAGAUAAAGUAUGAAUUAUUGCAGAUGGAAAGUACUGAAACAAUAUCAUAUUUUUUCUCAAAGACUUUGAAUCUUGUCAAUGAGAUGAAGGCCAAUGGUGAUACUGUAGAAGAAUCAACUGUUGUGGAGAAGAUAUUAAGAAGCUUGCCCGAGAAGUUUGAAUCCAAAGUUACUGCUAUAGAAGAAUGCAACACAGUUGCAACUAUGACUCUUAAUGAGUUGUUGGGUUCAUUACAAGCAUAUGAACAAAGACUGCUAGAAAAAACAGCUGCUGCAAAACAAGUUGAAGAGGCACUUCAGAGUCAAGUUAACUGGAGAAGUAAUCAAGGAAAACCUAAUGCUGGUAAUUUUCAAGGAAGAUAUAACAAUAAUGGAAGUUAUAGGAAGCCAUUAGACAGAUCAAGAAUACAAUGUUAUAAUUAUGGAUAUUUUGGACAUAUUGCUACUGAAUGUCCAAAACCAAGAAAGACUGUUGCUAACAAUUACAAAGCAAACUUCAAGGUUAAUAUUGCUGAAAGUCAAGAAGAAGAAAAAGAAGAGCAGAAGGAUGAAAACAUGCCACUUGCAUGUCAUACAGCAGAAGAACAACCAUAA